CCUGUUUCGCUGUGCGUGCACUGUCCAUACAGUGUUCUGCAGCUUGCGAACUAACCCGCUCGUCAUGAUAACCGAAAUAUUGAUAUUUAUUAUAACAACCCUAAUCGGGUACUAUUUAUAUGUUUAUAAGAAGAUUCACAACCAUUUUAAGGAGAGAGAUGUGAAGUUCUUGCCCGGUGUCCCCUUUUUUGGGAAUGCGUUCAAUAGUAUAGUGUUGAGGAAGCAUCUUAUUGAUGACCUGUAUGCGGUAUAUAAAGCUUUUCCUGGAGAAAGGUAUGUGGGCUACAUCGAGGGUAUUACUCCCGUAAUCCUGAUGCGUGAUCCAGAGCUGAUGAAGACGAUCACCAUCAAAGACUUCGACCACUUCCCCGAUCACAAGGAAUUCUUCAGCGAGGAGAUGGAACCCUUGUUCGGAGAAAGUUUGAUUAUGAUGAAAGGUAACAAGUGGCGAGAAAUGAGAACCACGCUGAGUCCAGCCUUCACCGGCUCCAAACUGAGGCAGAUGAUGCCAUUCAUGCAAGUAAUCAGUAAGAACAUCGUGGACUAUCUCAAAGAUCAAAAUGGAAAAGACGUAGACGUUGAUGACGUCAUGCACCGCUUCACCACUGACAUCGCCGCCUCUACCGCCUUUGGGUUGGAAGUGAACUCAUUGAAGGACAGAGACAACGAAUUCUUGACUAUGGGGCAAGGUCUUUUCAAGUUCAGCACCCUGCAAAGGGUAUACCAGUUCUUCUGCAGUCAAUUCCCUGGUCUGACUAAGAAACUAAGAUUUACCGUGUCGCAUACGAAAGUAACGAAAUUCUACAUGAAUUUAGUAUCCAGUACUAUGGAGUUCAGAAAGAAGAACAACGUGACGCGCCCUGAUAUGAUCCAGCUGUUGAUGGAAGCUUCCAAAGGUACUAGCAAUGCGGAAAAUGACGAUCAUGAUGCUCGUGGUAGAGAAUGGACGCUGGUCCAGCUGGCAAGUCAAGCGCUAACCUUCUUCGUGGGUAGCUUCGAGACCUCUGCAUCAACCAUGACCAUGUGUCUCCACGAGCUGGCCAUUCAUCCUGAUAUCCAAGAGAAACUGUACCAGGAGGUCAAAGAGUUCAUGGAAAACCACAAAUUAAGCUUCGAGAACGUUAAGGAGCUGAAGUAUAUGGACUGUGUUUUGAAUGAAACGUUCAGAAAAUGGUCAGUCGCCAUAGUAAUGGACAGAGUGUGCAAUAAAACGUAUGAUCUGCCCCCAGCACAUGAUGGGGGUAAACCCUACAGGCUGAACCCUGGUGACAUAGUCUACAACGUAGUCAACGCUAUCCAAAUGGACCCCGAGUAUUUCCCUGACCCUGAGGUGUUUAACCCCGACAGAUUCUUUGAGGAUAACAAACAGAAUAUAAAGCCUUUUACCUUUAAUCCCUUUGGAUUAGGCCCUAGAGCUUGUAUUGGCAUGAGGUUCGCGCUUCUGGAGUUGAAAAUUUUGCUAUUGGAGUUAAUUUCAAAUUUCAAGAUUUUGAAAUGUGAGAAAACUGCGGAACCCAUAAAGCUUCAGGCAGUAGACUUCAACAUCAAGGCGCAGGGUGGGACAUGGAUAAAGUUCGAACCAAGAAAUUAAAUAAUAUCAGUGAACUUGUUU